UUUAAUCUGUAGCACCUAGUUCCCUGGAGGCCUCCAGACUGAACUAGAAGCAGGUAGUGCUCUGGAGACGGGGGAGUAAACACUGCCCCCGGAAAUCUCUGCUCAUCUCAGGAGAAACCACACUUUUGGAAAAUGUUUGCGGUACACUUGAUGGCAUUUUACUUCACCAAGCUGAAGGAGGAUCAGAUCAAGAAGGUAGACAGGUUCUUGUAUCACAUGCGGCUCUCAGAUGAGACCCUUUUGGACAUCAUGGCCCGGUUCCAGGCUGAAAUGCAGAAGGGCCUGGGGAAGGACACCAACCCCACAGCCUCAGUGAAGAUGCUGCCCACCUUUGUCAGGGCCAUUCCAGAUGGCUCAGAAAACGGGGAGUUUCUUUCCCUGGAUCUUGGAGGAUCCAAGUUUCGAGUCUUGAAGGUGCAAGUCUCAGAAGAGGGGAAACGAAAUGUGCAGAUGGAGAGUCAGUUCUACCCAACACCCAAUGAGAUUAUCCGAGGGAACGGCACGGAGCUAUUUGAAUACGUAGCUGACUGUCUGGCAGAUUUCAUGGAAACCAAAGGGUUGAAGCAGAAGAAAUUGCCUCUUGGCCUAACCUUUUCUUUUCCCUGCAGACAGACUAAAUUAGAAGAGGGUGUCCUGCUUUCAUGGACGAAGAAGUUUAAGGCGCGGGGAGUUCAGGACACAGACAUAGUAAGCUCCCUGAGCAAUGCCAUGAGAAAACACAAGGACAUAGAUGUGGACAUCCUGGCCUUGGUCAAUGACACAGUGGGAACCAUGAUGACGUGUGCCUAUGACGAUCCCUACUGUGAAGUUGGUGUCAUCAUUGGCACGGGCACCAACGCGUGCUACAUGGAGGACAUGAGCAACAUCGACCUGGUGGAGGGCGACGAGGGCAGGAUGUGCAUCAACACUGAGUGGGGGGCCUUCGGGGACGACGGGGCCCUGGAGGACAUUCGCACCGAGUUUGACCGGGAGCUGGACCUUGGCUCUCUCAACCCGGGGAAGCAGCUGUUUGAGAAGAUGAUCAGCGGCCUGUACCUGGGCGAACUUGUCAGGCUCAUCUUGCUGAAGAUGGCCAAGGCAGGCCUCCUGUUUGGCGGUGAGAAAUCCUCUGCUCUUCACAUUAAGGGCAAGAUUGAAACACGACACGUGGCUGCCAUGGAGAGGUAUAAAGAAGGUCUGGCCAAUACAAGAGAGAUCCUGACGGAUCUGGGUCUAGAGCCUUCGGAGGCCGACUGCAUCGCGGUCCAGCAUGUCUGCACCAUCGUCUCCUUCCGCUCGGCCAACCUCUGUGCAGCGGCUCUGGCAGCCAUCCUGACCCGCCUCCGGGAGAACAAGAAGCUGGUGCGGCUCCGGACCACAGUGGGCAUGGACGGCACACUCUACAAGAUCCACCCUCAAUACCCAAAACGCCUGCACAAGGUGGUGAGGAAACUGGUCCCAAAUUGUGACGUCCGCUUCCUCCUGUCGGAGAGUGGCAGCGCCAAGGGGGCUGCCAUGGUGACAGCAGUGGCCUCCCGCGUGCAGGCCCAGCGGAAGCAGAUUGACAAGAUGCUGGCUUUGUUCCAGCUGACCCCGGAGCAACUUGUGAGUGUCCAGAACAAGAUGCGGGUUGAGCUGGAGUACGGGCUGAAGAAAGACACCCACCCGCUGGCCACAGUCAAGAUGCUGCCCACCUACGUCCGCGGGAUGCCAGAUGGCACAGAGAAAGGAAAGUUCCUCGCUCUGGAUCUGGGGGGGACCAACUUCCGGGUCCUCCUGGUGAAGAUCAGAAGUGGACGGAGGUCGGUGCGAAUGUACAACAAAAUCUUCGCCAUCCCCCUGGAGAUCAUGCAGGGCACCGGCGAGGAGCUGUUUGACCACAUCGUGCAAUGCAUCGCAGACUUCCUGGACUACAUGGGCCUCAAGGGAGCCCAGCUGCCUUUGGGCUUCACAUUCUCAUUUCCCUGCAGGCAGGCGAGCAUUGACAAGGGAACACUCAUUGAGUGGACCAAAGGCUUCAAGGCCACAGACUGUGAAGGGGAGGACGUGGUGGACAUGCUGAGGGAAGCCAUCAAGAGACGAAAUGAGUUUGACCUGGACAUAGUUGCAGUUGUGAAUGACACAGUGGGGACCAUGAUGACCUGUGGCUAUGAAGACCGUAAUUGUGAGAUUGGCCUGAUUGCGGGAACAGGCAGCAAUAUGUGCUACAUGGAGGAGAUGAAGAACAUUGAACUGGUGGAAGGGAAUGAAGGGAAGAUGUGCAUUAACACAGAGUGGGGAGGAUUUGGAGAUAAUGGCUGCCUAGAUGACAUCCGGACCCAAUACGACAAGGAGGUGGAUGAGGGGUCCCUGAAUCCUGGCAAACAGAGAUACGAGAAAAUGACCAGUGGGAUGUACCUGGGGGAGAUCGUGCGGCAGAUCCUGAUUGACCUGACCAAACAGGGUCUCCUCUUCCGUGGGCAGAUUUCAGAGCGUCUCCGGACCAGGGGCAUCUUUGAAACCAAGUUCUUGUCUCAGAUUGAAAGCGAUCGGCUGGCCCUCCUCCAGGUCAGGGGGAUCCUGCAGCAGCUUGGCCUGGACAGCACGUGUGAGGACAGCAUCGUGGUGAAGGAGGUGUGCGGAGCUGUGUCCCGGCGGGCGGCCCAGCUCUAUGGCGCUGGCCUGGCCGCCAUUGUGGAGAAAAAGAGGGAAGACCAGGGGCUUGAGCACCUGAAGAUCACCGUGGGUGUGGAUGGCACCCUGUACAAACUGCAUCCACACUUUUCUCGGAUAUUGCAGGAAACUGUGAAAGAAUUAGCUCCUCGCUGUGAUGUGAUGUUCAUGCUGUCAGAAGAUGGGAGUGGAAAAGGAGCAGCUCUGAUCACUGCUGUGGCCAAGAGGUUACAGCAGGCCCGGAAGGACAACUAGGAACCCCUUGGGUCUGGACCUACUGUGCCUUGGCUACUGACCAGCCUUUCCCUGGCAGAUGAGCUGGUCAGGGACCAACAGGCGAGCUUCUAGCGGACCUAAACCUUCUGGAUGGCCAAAAGAAAACCCCAGGCUCUAGGGUACUCUUAGCAUGUUGUUAUUGGUUUUCAAGGGUGUUAAAUGGCAUCUCUGGAGUUCCCAUUGUGGCUCAGAGGUAAUGAAUCCAACU